CCUCGCGCGCCUCAUCCCAUCUCAUGCAUGGCUGCCAGUAAUGGUCUACUGGGUGUCAGCUUUUAUUGGCACGGCACAAAGCAAGUGCCAAGGGCUCAGAGGCUCGACUCCCCGCUGCAGACUCGGCCUGUGGAUAAAAGCGAGCAAAAUGCCCCAGCCGAGCUCAGAGACAUAGUCAUGUUGGGCUGGAACGAGGAAGUGCAGUGGAGAGGGGAGGGACUCCGGGCGCAGCUCCAUGGGGCCGCCGCGGCGCUGCGACCUUCUGCACAUGGAGCCGGGGAGAGUUGGAAGAACUUCAUACUGCAAACUCAAGGAAUAGCAGAGUACCUGCACCGCAUGGAGACAGAGGAGGCCCAGGAAAUGGCCCAGAUGCCAGGUAGGGACAGCCCCCCUGCCAACGAAGCGUCCGAGGAGGCAGAGGAACCGAUGGCCGUCCCUGAGGACCUGUCAGCCAGCUCCACCCACCAGCAGAACAACAGAGGGGACAAAGCCUGUAACAUUAAAGUUGAGGCUCGCAGUGAUGAGGAGAAUGGGCUGGCCUGUGACAUGAAUGGCGUGGAGGAGGAGGAGUGCGCGGAAGACUUGCGCGUGAUCGAUGCCUUGGGGGCCAAGGUGAACGGCUCACAGCCGAGCCCCGAAGCCAAGGCCUUCUCCUCGGCUGGCGGUAUCCGGCUGCCCAACGGGAAGCUCAAGUGCGAUAUCUGUGGGAUAGUUUGCAUUGGCCCCAAUGUGUUGAUGGUGCACAAGCGGAGCCACACUGGAGAACGUCCUUUCCAGUGCAGCCAGUGCGGUGCCUCUUUCACCCAAAAGGGCAACCUGCUGCGUCACAUCAAGCUCCACUCAGGGGAGAAACCCUUCAAGUGUCACCUGUGCAGCUACGCCUGUCGCAGGAGGGAUGCCCUCUCUGGACAUCUACGCACCCACUCGGUUGGAAAACCCCACAAGUGUGCUUACUGUGGGCGGAGUUACAAGCAGCGCAGCUCUCUCGAGGAGCACAAGGAGCGCUGUCACAACUACCUGCAGUGCAUGGGGCUGCAGAACAGUAUCUACACAGUAGUAAAGGAAGAAAGCAACCAGAAUGAGCAGAGGGAAGACUUAAGCCAGACGGGAUCUGACAGAGCCUUGGUGCUAGACAGACUAGCUAAUAAUGUAGCUAAGCGUAAGAGCACUAUGCCACAGAAGUUUGUGGGCGAGAAACGUCUGUCAGACCUCACCUACGACGGAGGAGCGGGGGAGCUGAUUCAGCCCCACGUCAUCGACCAGGCCAUCAACAGCGCUAUCAGCUACCUGGGGGCCGAGUCGCUCCGGCCUCUGGUGCAGACUUCCCCGGCCUCUUCUUCCGAUGUGGGCCUCAGCUCCAUGUACCCCCUCCACAAGCAGGCUGGCGAUGGCCACGCGGGGACGGGCCACAACCUGUCGGCCAAAGACAGCGCAGCCGAGAACCUGUUGCUCCUCUCCAACUCCAAGUCCGCGUCCAGCGAGAAGGACGGCUCGCCCAGCCACAGCGGCCAGGACUCCACAGACACCGAGAGCAACAAUGAGGAUCGUCCGGGCGGGGCGGCUUCCGGUCUCAUCUACCUGACCAAUCACAUCACGUCAGGGGUGAGGAACGGCAUGCUCCCUCUGGUGAAGGAGGAGCAGCAGAGGCAGUACGAGGCCAUCCGGGCCAGCAUAGAGAUGGCUUCAGAGGGCUUCAAGGUGGUGACGGCAGACGGGGAGCAGGUGAGGGCGUACCGGUGCGAACACUGCCGCGUUCUCUUCCUGGACCACGUCAUGUAUACCAUUCACAUGGGCUGCCACGGCUUCAGAGACCCCUUCGAGUGCAACCUCUGUGGUCACCGGAGUCAAGACCGAUACGAGUUCUCCUCUCACAUAACGCGAGGGGAGCAUCGCUACUGAACCCCCGUACACCGGAGAGACACACACACACACACACACACACACACACACACACACACACACACACGCACAAGAGACAGAGACAGACAAAUAGGUACAGAUAUGGAAAAACAUGCCACACACACUCAUUCAUGCAGGCAUGCACUGGAAAUACAUAGAAAUACAACAUGUAAAUGACAAUGUUGAUGUCUGAAAGUUGUGUUUUUUAUACAAAGUAUGCAUGUUUCUUGAACACAGAUAAAUGCAAACCAUAUAAAAAAGAAGCAUUUAUUUUCCUUUCAAAUACCAUGCUCAAAAGAAGGAGUAGUUCAUGUUCAUUCCUUUUUUUUUUUUAAGAAACAAAUGUAUGAUAAUAUAAUAAUGUUCAGUGUAGAAAACACAGAGGUGCCACAUCCUACAAAGGUUUUUAAAUUAUGUAUUUGCAGUUGCCAUGUGUAUACAAUGUAUAAAUGUGUCUUUUCUUUUGGAAAACCAGGCAGCAUCUUUUUUUCUAGACUUAAAAUAGAAAAUACCAACCUUAUAUUUACAAAUCUGGUUACUGAAAUGUUCUGCAGUUGUUUUCAGUGUGGGUAAACCCAUUAUAAAAUUGGUAUUAAAUGCAGUCAAUAAAAACAAUCAAUGUAGAUAACCCCACAUUUCCUUCUAAUGUUUCAACCUGUUCCUAUAUUUGUAACAACCUAAUAUUAUUUAUAUCACAGUUACAUGCCUGUCUGUUUUUGUAUUUAUUACAGUAAUUGAUGUUUGUCUGUAGAGUAGUUAAAUAAAAGCUGCAUCUCUUUCUGUCCAACAGUACUAAAUGUGUUUGAGGUGACAACAUGACCGCUGCUGGAAUUUAUUUUUCAUUUUAUCCGAAGAAAAUGUUAUCUGGCCAUACCUGGUGGCUAAGAAAUGUAUCACUUACAAAAUGAAGACGAGCCAUUUGAGGUUUGAAUGAGCUUUAUGUUUGCAAAAUAUCAAUAAACGAUAUUUUCUAUAUGCACAAAGCGUGGGGAAGUGUUUUGUUUUUCAGUGAAUGAGCGUAGAAGGAGAAGGAGCAUUUAUACUUGAGGAAGUUGUUUAAUGACUAGACUGCUAACAGACCUGUAGCUAAUGGCAACACUUUUUUAAAAUAUUUUUCAUAUAGAUGUUUUCAAUAGGAAAGUUUUCUUAACUGGACUGUAUUAACCACCUGUCAGAAUAUGGAAAUGUCCACAUUAAAUUGAAAAUGAUUCCUGAAGUUAA